CUGAGUCUCCUAAACAUCACGGACACCCGGAAGCGGUCGCAAAUUUAAACAGCCAUCACAGCAACAAUAAACGCGAACUUUCACUUUACGGACUGUCUGAUGAGUCAGUAACAUAUGCAAAAUUAAGCUGGAAUAAAUCUUACAGAGGAUUUAUUAAAGGUGCAAACCCAAGAGCAGCCCAAGCUGACGGCAACAGUAUGGAAGAAGAAACAAAGACGGCUGAGUCAGAACAAGGAGAUGCUGUGAAAAAUGAGGGUGAGCCCAGUGUAGACAGGUCCAACAACAGUCCAACUAAAAGAGGAAGGGGGAGGCCACAAGGUUCAAAGAAGUUGAAGGUUUGUGUUACAGACGUUAACCUAAUGGAGCUGGUUUCAGGCAUUUCCAACGGUGGGCCCACACAACCACCGAGGGGACGAGGGCGUCCAAAACUCUCUGGCACAAAACACACAGAGCAGCAAGGACCAGGAGAUGACCAUGCUGAUGAUUCUUUGCAAACUCCUAGGGGUAAAGGGAGGCCGAAAGGGUCCAAGAAACAGGCCAGUGAUGAAGGCAGUCCUGUGACAGAACAUUCUCCUAAGAAAAGAGGCAGGCCAAAAAAGUCUCUCAGCAAAAGUGCCCUUGAGAAGGCUGAAGCUGAAGACUUACCGAAUGGUGCCUCUGAUACGCCAAAACAGGGAAGGGGUCGUCCAAAAGGAUCCACGAAGCGCAAGUCAGAAAGUUUAACAAGUAUUGAAGAGAAUGAAGGCAGUUCUGUAACCCCUAGGAAAAGAGGUCGACCAAAAGUCUCUCUCAACUAUAGACCCAGACUGGAGAGAGAGGUGAGCAAUGAUGGGGAGGCAGAAGCUGAUGGAAGCCUAAACUUACUGAAAAGGGGGAGGCGUCAACUCAGGAAGGUGGAGGUGUAUAACACUGGGGAGUCGACGCAGGAUACAUCGAAUGGCAUCUCAAAGACGCCUCAGAGAGGGAGGGGUAGGCCAAGAAAAAAUAUUGAACAGAAGGGCGGAGAUCAGCAAGAAAUGGUCACAGAUGGCUCCCAGCCAGCUAAGAGGGGAAGAGGCCGACCUAAAGGCUCUUUAAACAAGAAGGGGCACGGUAAGGUAGGCCGGCCCCGGAGAGUACAUGUCCCGCCCGCAAAAGGGAAGCGCGGUCGACCAAGAAAGCAACCAGCUAAAAGGGGAAGGCCCAGGAAGUACCCUCUGCCGUCACCCGAGGAGUUGAAAAAGCCAAAAGUAUGGAAGCCUUUGGGAAGGCCGAGGAAAUACCCACGUGUUGAUUCUCCAGAGGGAGCUCCACCAGCCCCUCGCCGAAGCCGCGGUCGACCCCGCAAGUCAGAGUCCAAGAAAGGCGCUCACUUACGAAAGAGUUUGCCUUCCACUCAGUCAUCACCACACAACCCCAGUGACGGCCCCCCAAGAAAAAGGGGCCGUCCCCCAAGUACUGCAAAAAGUGAAGAGGACACCCCGCGGAAAAGGGGCCGCCCUAAAGGUUCAGUCAACAAAAACAAAGCCAGAAGUGAAACACAGAUCGACAGCGCACUCCCUAACCAUUCAAAGAAUGAUUCGUCUGCUGUCGCGGUGGAACCUUACGGAGAGCUAGGAGAUGGAGAGGUGGAGCACGAAACAGAGACGAUGCCCAUCGAGCGUGGAGGCGAUGCUGAAGAAACGCUCAUCGAUGAGGAUGCAAGCUUCGAAGUUAGUAACCAGGCUUGAUGAAUGAUCCCAGCCUGACCAAAAGUUGCUGUAGUAGUUGACGUUUAAGACAUUGAAUACAAACAAGUCAAUGAAAACACGUUUUUAACAUUUUGUCAGUCAUAGGCUAGAUUUACAGCAGCUCUUGUGUUUUCCUGACUAACUUGUUCAUGUUUUAUUGUGCUUGAGUUUUUACAAAUGCAUUAUUUCUGUCAUCAGAGUAACAAGUAGUACUAAUAAUCUUUUACUAGGACUGGCAUGUAGAGUUUUUUUUAUUAUAGACUGAUUGUUCCAAUUUUCAUUUAGCUUUCAGAUGUAGUGUUUGUCAGUUUAACUGUAAAACAUUUUCUGGGGAAUAACUUAGAUGGGGAAUAAAAAAGUCCAAACGAAUGUUGGGGGAGAUGACAUCGCAGCCAAGCUAGCCUCUGUCCCACUAGCUUCUGUAACUAAUUUGAAACUUUUAUUCAGCAUUUCUUUCAUUGGUCUUUCUAAAAAAAAUGUGGAAAUGUGUUCAUGGGAUUUACUGUCCAUAUUAUAGGACAAUCUGACACACGUAGACAGAGCGAUACGGGCCUCAAUCACAUUCUUUGAAAAUCUGUUUUUGCCAACUGAUAUCCAAACACACACAUCCUGUUAUGAUGCUGCUCUGCUAGCCAAGACCCAUUAGCUUACGGUCAAGUAGGGUUUUAUAUAAUGGGCGGGGUUAGCUAGUUGCCGCAAAAUCCUCAUUUGACAGGAUAUAUUUCUAUUUAAGUUUAAAAUGAGUCAAAAUAAAAACUAAUUUAUAUGUUUAACAGGAAGAGAGGGAAGAGCAAUUAUAAUUUAAAGGGAAUAAAAGUUUUUAUUUUUUUUUUAUUACAUUUUUUCCUCCCCUUGACAUAAGUUCAAUGUUUACCUGUCUGUCCGGCCGUCAACUUUACCCUCAGAGCUGUUAUUGCGUCGGUUUUUGGGCCAUAGCAGGCAGCUGUUUUCAGUUUAAAAAAAACAAAACAAUAAAAACCUACUGUACAAUACCUGCCCAGCACACGACAGCAGGCUAACACAGUUAGAGACUAGCUGUUGAACAUAGUGGAGCAUUUAGCAGCUAAAGAGCCAGAUACUUUCCUCAGGAGUUGGUAGAGACCAAAAGCAGAACUAUAAGAGAGUGAACAUUCAUGAGAAACCAGAAACACGAUUCCAAAUGGAUGAAAAUGAUGCUCCGUAACUCCUGAAUGUGUAAAUGAGCAGUUUUUUGAUGAUUAUGUUGUGUUCACAACUUGUUUCUGCUGCCCUCAAGUGGCCAAAAAAAGUUAUUCCUACUUUAAGCCACGAUUGUCUAUGGCUUGUGAGAAAUUGUUGAAGGCUGCGUAAAACAGAAAUACCGAAUCAAUGAUAUUAGAACCACAGGCAUAGGCAUCUGUUAGGUUUAAAUAUGUCUAAAUAAUGUCAUGUUUGUCAGUACUAUUUCAUAUUGGUUUUGCCUUAAUUGCCAAAGCUUUGAAUGUACCAUCAGUUACCGUUCCUUAGAUCAAUGUCUUGCACAGAUCAGCCUCUCAAUUUGUUAGUGCAUUCUUCGACAGGAUGAAAAGCUCUGUAUCAAAUGCCUUCCCGCCGCUCAGUCGCCCUGAAGAUUUCUUCCUCCACGUGUUCCAUUUACUUUUUUAGUUUCAGCUAUUUGUUGAGUUGCACUUAUUUCACUCUUUUCUCUAAAUGUUUACGUGUAGCUGUGAAGCCUUUUGAUUUAAAAAAAUGUUAUGACUUGGGACUGUCAUGAGAUUAGAUUCAAGUGAUUGGAUUGAUUUCACAAACAUUCAUUUACUUGUUUUUGAGCACCUUGUGUAAAAAAAACAAAAAAAGAAAGGAAAAAAAAAAGCGUGACAUGACUUGUACAUCAUUAUUACUGAUAUUAACACCUUUUAUGGUUGGGUCAAACAAAUGAAGUUUCUAAAUGCCAAAUGAUGCUUCUGUGUGUCAAGUUAUAUGUAAAAAGAAUGUGAGAUGAGGAUGGAAAUGGUUUUAAAACAUUUUAAAAGUCACAGUGAAAUUCGAUCUGGCUUUGUGAAGUCGAAUCAUUUUAAGUGGACAUAUUUGAAUUUUGUGUGUUUUGAAUAAGAAGUCAAUUUGUGAGAUUAUGUUCUUGAAAUAAAAUGUUGAUCUUGCCAUUUUA